CAUCUGCCUGCACAACUGGAGGCUGCACUUUUAGGACCGUAGUUUUAGGACCGCAGUUCUAGGACCCUGGAUUUUAGUGACAACGCCACCUAGCGAAUUAGAGGACCAGCAAAGAUGGACGACAAACAGAGUGUGAGUAUCAAAUGUGAAUCAAUUUUUAUUUGAACAUUAAAUACAAUCGUGAUGCAUUUCAUUGGAAAGGUAACGUAACCGAAGUGAUCGUGAUUUGCUAAAUAGUCUUGAAAUCAUAGCCAUCAUACGUAUAUUAGAUAAUGAUGUAAAUGAAUUGUUAGCACAUUCGUUUAACUAAACUGUUCCAUGAAAGCUUGUGUUGACUGUUAGUGACAGCACAAUAAAACUGUAUUACGUUGGUUGUAAAAACCUGUUAGUUAAUCAUUGUUUUAUUUUAUUUUUAGUUAAAAUAAUCUGUUUUAACUGUCACAUGCUCACAGACUUUUUAACGUUACCACACAAUACAUGUUAUGGCAACGUUAGCCCUACGUCUCCUUAUUUACAUAUGAUUUUAUAAUGUCGAUUGAGACAUAUGACGUUUUUAUAGUCAGACAUAACAGUAAGCCAUCAUAAUAAUUGACUGUUAAAAUACCAUGUGUUAGAUUGUGUCAUGUACUGUAAGUUACUCUAUAUGAAAUGCUUUCAAGGACACAGCUCAGGGCAGGUAGAAGUAUGACAAAAAAUGAAUUAAUUAAUUGGUUAUGUACUAGACUUAUUUAUGUAUCUGAAAUUAACUGAAACUAUGUUUUUCAAGAAACACAUAACAAUUCAGGAAGGCAGAGCCAUUCCUGAACUACAGAGAUGCACUACAUGCUGUAAAGAUUUCCACUGCCCAUUCUGCAGCUCUUCUUUGUUUCAUCCAACUAAGUUGAGCAAAGUGAAAUACCAUUUAGAGAGCCAUUUUAAACGUGCAGUUCUUCAUGAAGGGUAUACCAUUCACAGAUGUGGAUUGGAUUGCCGACCAAAGUGGCAUUACCACUGCAUCCACUGCAAUUCGAUGCUGAUACGUAGACAGGACUUCAUGAAGCAUCUGUCUUUUUGCAAGGGUAAGCACCCUGACACAAGCACCACCAUCCCAGCUCUAGCUACCUCCGCCAUCCCAGCUCCAGCUUCCUCCGCCAUCCCAGCACCAGCUACCUCCGCCAUCACAGCUCCAGCUACCUCCGCCAUCCCAGCCCCAGCUAUCUCCGCCAUCCCAGCUCCAGCUACCUCCGCCAUCCCAGCUCCAGCUUCCUCCGCCAUUCCAGCUCCACCUACCUCCGCCAUCACAGCUCCAGCUACCUCCGCCAUCCCAUCCUUAGCUACCUCCGCCAUCCCAGCCCCAGCUAUCUCCGCCAUCCCAGCCCCAGCUACCUCCGCCAUCCCAGCUCCAACAACCUCUGCCAUCCAAGCUCCAACAACUUCCGCCAUCCUAGCUUCAACAACCUUCACUGUGCCAGCCACCCCAAGUAAACAAAUACAAAGGGUCAGUGUGAAGCAAGUACUGCGUAAAAAUUGUCCCAUAUGCCAGCUUAGCAUGAACAGAACUAAUUUAAAAAGGCACAUAGAAAGAAAACACACAGGAAAACAUAAGGAUAUUACAGCAAGUUCACACCUUCCAAGUGAAUGCAUAGAUCCAGAGAAUGGAGUUUAUUCUGUUCACAAAUCUUUUCAUGGGGCCACUACACCUCUGCAUGUUCAAAAUAAAGUCUGGGGGGAAAAUCAAAAUGUUUUCUGUGAAUCUGCUGAGUGCCAAGUGAACAUGGAGCUGGCAUGGAGAAGUGGUUUGAAAGCACAUCAAUGCGUACACCUUAAAUCAUUAACUUACUGCACAUCCUAUGUCUCUUCUCCUGUACUUAGUGAGGAAACACUUAAUGAGAUGGUGAAUAGCCGGUGGUUUGGUGAGGAUAAAAAGAAGGUCUGCCUUGAUCUGCAAAACCUUGCGAAUGCCAACCAUUUACCUCUGUCUGUAUACUCACAAAUUGGAAUCCCUCAGUCCAAAAAAUACAUAUCUGUUUUUGAGCCAACUGUUUCAUAUUACAGUCGUUUAGGAAGAGUCAUGGUGUCGUAUGACACCAAAAAGAAUUCAUGGCACUGCCCUUGUGCAAGGACAAAACGAUCAUGCCAACACAAGUACAUUGCAAAAUGGCACUUGUUUCAGACUCACCGUGAACUGUUCAGAAAAGUCCGGUGCACCGAAGAGGUGGAAUUCCCAACAUCAACAGAGGAUGGAGACAGUCAUGAUGAGGUUGAGCUGGGUAACAUUCCAUAUCCGCCAAAAGAUGGCCAAAAGUUCAAAGCCUUGGUUGAGUAUAUUUUGAAGUUCAAAAAAUUACCUGCUGUUCUGCCAGAACAUUUACGGCAUCCAUUAUUGGAAAAAGAAUACCCAAGGCACCUAAUUCCACUGGAGAUGAUGUGCCAGCAGUGCCCUGGCAAUGUGCCCCUGAGUGACCCAAUCCUCAUUACAAAUAAGGCCAAAAUCCUCACCAAUUUCCGCAUUGUUGAAGACUGCUCUACCUACUGUAAAUCUUGCCAUCAAUGCGGAACCCACUACCGUUACCAAGAGUGGAAAGAUGGCCUACACAAUUUUAAUGACCGGAUAGUCCUUGAUCUGUCUUUAUGCUUAACCAUAAGGAACAUGAUACAGGUGCAUACUGCAGUGAGCAGGGUGGUAGAAUACUUAGAAUUGACUACAGGGGUAAAGUUUCCCUCAGCUAAUACAGUUCUUCAUGGGUAUCUUCAUUUUGAAGCACUCACUGAUCACGAUUACAAUUAUUCCUGUGUAAAUUGUGGUGAUCAUCCUCCAGUGGUCAUCAUGGAUCUCCACAAAAAGGGAGCCUUCCAUUUGGCAGUAAGUGACCUCGCACAACCUCCAAAGGACUUCAAUGGAGAAGUUGAUAUUGAGCUUUUUUGGGAGGCACUUUCUAUGGAAAGGAUCAGUCGAGGAUUUGUGACAAGUGACCUACACAAUCCACUUAAAGUUGCACCAUCUUUCCACUUCUGGGCACCGUGGAUAGGCCGAAGCACAUGCAAGUCAAACCGUGUUCUUAAUACUGAGUUUGAAAAAGUGCGUCCGCCAAAACCAGCUGAGGUCUGCGAAUUAACAGUUUCUGAAGACCGCCUAACAGAGGAGCUGUACAAGCAGAAGGUUCAAGUUGUUAGGAAAUUAUGCAGGGAGUGUGGGUUGGAUUCCUCUGGAUCGCGAAAUGACCUUCUCUUGAGACUGUCGAAUGAAUUAAAGUCAAGGCACACUUAUGACAAGGUCUUCCAAAAGAUUUGGGCUGCUUCAGGUGGUUGGGCAGUGAUUAUGUGCCCUUGUGGCAUUGUAUACAGUAUAAAGUGCAACAUAAGAGCUGAAAGCCCACGUGACUUCACAGACAUGCUGCUUUCUUGGAAAUACUUGCCAAAUGUUGUAAUAUACGACUUCGCACGUGGACUGGCGACGCACAUGAAUCUGAGAGAGCCAGAAAGGUUGCCGUUCAGCCCAUUUGAAGGACGAUUGAAGGCCCCAACUCCAGAAAACAUAGCACUAGCCAAAGAGGGGAAACUAAAGGUCUCCCUUCCUUGGUUGAAGUGCAAGAAAGUGGUCCCAGACUGCGAUGGCCAUCCCAUAACUGGGUCUGCAGAGCAUUAUGCUCUGUAUGAUCGCUUUCAUGAGGAUAAUACUAAGGAUGCUCGUGAUGCCCUGCGGAAGCUUGGCCUGGUCCCGCAACUUGCAGGAGUAGUGAACAGCCAAGUUGCGGAACAACUGUUUGCAAAAAUGAAAAAAAAUAAUUACUACUUAAACAUGGCUUUGCCUACAACUCAUCUGUUUCUCAUGAGGAAUAUCAUUCACCACUACAACUGUCAGAAAAACAAACAACGAUUGGGCAACAUAAAAAAGGCUUUCGAUACCAAGAUAGCUAUGAAUAUCCACAGCCAGGCAGUGUUGGCAGAAGCCGUGCCCAGGACAGCAGCCCUCGGCACUCCCCCGACAGCCGCUUUUGGCACGUCUCCAACAAUGGCCCUCGGCACGCCUCCGACAGCCACCUUCGGAACGCCUCCGACAGCCACCUUCGGCACGCCUCCGACAGCCACCUUCGUGACGCCUCCGACAGCCACCUUCGGGACGCCUCCGACAGCCACCUUCGGAACGCCUCCGACAGCCACCUUCGGCACGCCUCCGACAGCCACCUUCGUCACGCCUCCGACAGCCACCUUCGGCACGCCUCCGACAGCCACCUUCGGCACGCCUCCGACAGCCACCUUCGGCACGCCUCCGACAGCCACUUUUGGCACAUCCCCUGCAGCGGCCACUGACUACUCUUUGACAUUUAAGCCCUAUGCAAAAGAAUGGAAUUCUAUCCAGGACAAACUGCUCAAUUAUGUGCUGGACACCGAACGGCCUGCAGCGGAAAUUAUUGUUAAAGAAGGGCCCUUAUGUAUCACGCGUGAAGAAUUCUGGAGCCUGGGGUUGCUAAGAGACAUGGAUUCUCAUAUUGGGAAUGCCUGCUUGAAAUUGAUUCAUGAAGCAUCUCAGCAACAUUUGCUGUUUUUUCUCAUAGGGAAAAGACAUUUAUAUAGAGGACAUGUUCGUUGUUCCUACAUGGAAGGAUACACAAGACAACAUCACUGCCAACUUCCCAGAGGAUAUUGACAUGAAAGACUUCUUAGUCUUUCCAUGUUACACCAAGGCAAACGGGCCAGAACACUUCGUUCUCUGUGUAAGGGAAUGUUACUGUUACUAAAUACUAAAUAGUACAUGUAUUGGUAAUUAAGUUGAUUAGUUCAUGUGUAUUCCAACAAAGUGAACAGCAGCUCUACUCUUUGUCCUAAUGACUUUUAAACUUAUGUGAAUGUCUUUAACCAUUAUCACAUUAUAGAUCAUGAAGCCACUUCUGAGAGAGAUCCUCUUUUUAGACUCGCAGUACACAUUGCAUGAGUCUGGGUUUGGUGAUGCUGAGUACAGAGCCAUAUUUAGGUCCACAUUUGAGGCUGUUUGAUAAGUUCAUAUAGCAAUUCACAUUUUUUCUAUGUUCCUAUAGCCUGUACGGAUAUGUUUUGGCUACGUUCCUAUAGCCUGUACGGAUAUGUUUUGGCUACGUUCCUAUAGCCUG